AUGUUGUCAUCAAACUUUUUCAUCAAACUGCUCCGUAUCACAAAGCCCCGUUUCAUCAAGCCCCGUAUCACCAAGACCCGUAUCACAAAGUCCCGUAUCACCAAGCCCCGUAUCACCAAGCCCCGUAUCACCAAGGCCCGUAUCACCAAGCCCCGUAUCACCAAGCCCAGUAUCACCAAGCCCCGUAUCACCAAGCCCCGUAUCACCAAGCCCCGUAUCACCAAGCCCAGUAUCACCAAGCCCCGUAUCACCAAGACCCGUAUCACCAAGCCCCGUAUCACCAAGCCCCGUAUCACCAAGCCCCGUAUCACAAAGCCCCGUAUCACCAAGACCCGUAUCACCAAGCCCCGUAUCACCAAGCCCCGUAUCACCAAGCCCCGUAUCACCAAGCCCAGUAUCACCAAGCCCCGUAUCACCAAGACCCGUAUCACCAAGACCCGUAUCACCAAGCCCCGUAUCACCAAGCCCCGUAUCACAAAGCCCCGUAUCACCAAGCCCCGUAUCACCAAGACCCGUAUCACCAAGCCCCGUAUCACCAAGCCCCGUAUCACCAAGCCCCGUAUCACCAAGACCCGUAUCACCAAGCCCCGUAUCACCAAGCCCCGUAUCACCAAGCCCCGUAUCACCAAGCCCAGUAUCACCAAGCCCCGUAUCACCAAGCCCCGUAUCACCAAGCCCAGUAUCACCAAGCCCAGUAUCACCAAGCCCCGUAUCACCAAGCCCCGUAUCACCAAGCCCCGUAUCUCCAAGCCCAGUAUCACCAAGCCCCGUAUCACCAAGCCCCGUAUCACCAAGCCCCGUAUCACCAAGCCACGUAUCACCAAGCCCCGUAUCACCAAGCCCCGUAUCACCAAGCCCAGUAUCACCAAGCCCCGUAUCACCAAGCCCCGUAUCACCAAGCCCCGUAUCACCAAGCCCCGUAUCACCAAGCCCAGUAUCACCAAGCCCAGUAUCACCAAGCCCCGUAUCACCAAGCCCCGUAUCACCAAGCCCCGUAUCACCAAGCCCAGUAUCACCAAGCCCCGUAUCACCAAGCCCCGUAUCACCAAGCCCCGUAUCACCAAGCCCCGUAUCACCAAGCCACGUCUGAAGUUUGAGUGGCAGGUGAACGACAUGUCAGACGCCAAAGACAGCUCCGUCUUCAUCGAUAAACUGGGAGGGAGAGGAGUCGUUAAAAGACUGGAGGGGAGAGAGUCUGAGGUCCCGACUCCUGAGAGGUCUGAGGUCCCGACUCCUGAGAUGUCUGAGGUCCCGACUCCUGACGCCGCCGUACAACACGGAAUCAAAACCAGACCUGGGUUCAAAUACUAUUCCAAAUCCUUCAGAUAG